UUUUGCAGAAUGUGGCGUCUCUGCGGAUGCGUUGUGCUCCUCUGUGGGCUUAUUUCUGGCCAGGCGGACAAUGAGGAGGAUCUGGGCAAGGUUGUACCCGAUGAGGACGACCCCAUUGGGUACAACAAGGAGCUCUCGGACCUGGUCAUCACCACAGCCCUGGGCAAGAUCCGCGGCACCAUACUGCCCUCGCAAUCGGGUCGCAAUUUCUAUGCCUUUCGUGGCAUUCCGUAUGCCAAGCCACCGGUGGAUCGCCUUCGUUUCCAGCCACCAGAACCGGUGGAGCAGUGGUUUGAUGUCCUGGACGCCACUUUCGAUGGCCCCAAGUGUCCGCAGAUGGGACUCAUUAGUAGCGAUGUGAGCGAGGAUUGCCUGCGAGUUAACAUAUACACCAAGGAGCUGCCCAGCGAAUCGCAGCCGAAUGUGCGAAGGCCCGUGAUCGUGUUCAUCCAUCCUGGAGGAUUCUACUCCUUGUCCGGUCAGAGCAAGAACUUCGCUGGACCCCAGUACUUCAUGGAUCGCCGACUGGUGCUGGUCACGUUCAACUACCGCCUGGGAUCGCUGGGUUUCCUGGCCACCGGCAGCAAGGAGGCUCCGGGAAACAUGGGCCUCAAGGACCAGGUGCAGCUGCUCCGCUGGGUCAAGCUGCACAUCUCCCGCUUCGGUGGAGACCCCACUUCCAUUACCCUCUUGGGCUAUGGAGCUGGUGCCAUGGCUGUGACCCUGCACAUGGUCUCGCCCAUGUCGAGGGGUCUCUUUCACAAGGCCAUCGUGAUGAGUGGAGCUGUCACGGGUCAGUGGUCACUGCCCGAUCACCAAAUGGAUGUGGCCACCAAGCAGGCCACACUGCUCCAUUGUCACACGGAGAAUGUCACCGAAAUGGUGGACUGUCUGAGAGGAAAACACUACCUGGAGUACGCCAAUACCUUGCCAAAAAUGUUUGAGUUUGACCGCAACAAUCCUCUGAUUUUAUGGAAGCCUGUCAUAGAACCGGACUUUGGGCAGGAACGCUUUCUGGUAGAGGAUCCCAUUAAAAGCUAUCAAAACGAUGACUUUAUGAAAGUGCCCAUUAUAACGGGAAUGACCAAGGACGAGUUUGUUGGACCCGCCUUGUCCAUCCUUCAAAGCCCUUCUUUGUUGAGUGCCCUGAAUGCAAAUUUCGAGUCCCUGGCUCCUGUGUUCUUCAUGUACAACGAGAGUGAUCCACGAGUGGGUAACAUAAGCCAGGAGCUGAGGAAUCACUACUUUCAGGAGCAGCCCAUCGAUGCCAAUCGCUCGCUGGAGGCUUUGGCCAAUCUUUACUCGGAUGCCCUGACCGGUUUUGGAAUCCAUCGUUUUGUGCAUCUGGCUGCCAGGUCGACGAAGGUUUACUACUAUCGAUUCGCGUAUCAGGGUGCCAGAAGUCACAUUUAUUAUCCGGAAGAUGCGCCCUACGGGGUGGUUCACCACGACGAUCUGAUGUAUCUGUUUGUGGAACCCUCGAUCAGCCGCAUGUUUACUGAAGAUGAUGAAGAAUUUCGCAUGGUGGACAUUAUGGUGCGAAUGUUCUCCGCCUUUGCUUAUAAGGGCGAUCCCAAUAAACCCACUGAUUUGGCCCUGAGGGAUAUUCGCUGGCGUCCAUUUAGCUUCAAGAAACGCUACUACUUGGAUAUCGGAAAACAGCUUACUCUGCAGGAGAACCUCAAUGCCGAGCGCUACGAGAUCUGGAAACGUCUCUUCCCCCUCAACUGGCGUCGUCAGACCAAGGAGGUCUAGAGGGUGGUGCUUUUGGGCACAACUGUACUUUUCAAA